CGUGUCUGCUCGUCGUGUACGCCUCAUGUCAAUGUAUGGUUUUUGUGAAAUGGACUAUUAGAAAACUCACGAGUGGUGUUGUGAAUUUAAAAUAAAUCAAUUGAGACAUAAAGUUUUACAUUAGAUUAAUAAAUAAUGUUGUCUUAAAAUGUAUCCGAAGUGUAUAAUUUUGAGUGUCCAUUUUUUAUAAAAACAAUCAAAUUCUAUAACAGCUGAUGCCAAUAUAAAUUUGGCAAUAUUGUGUACUUUUUACCCUUCUUUAUCGGAUUUGCAAGAUGGUUUUAGCAGAUUUAGGUCGAAAAAUAACAACUGCUUUGCAGUCUUUAAGCAGAGCAACCAUCAUCAAUGAAGAUGUGUUAAACUCUAUGCUGAAACAAAUAUGCGCCGCUCUCUUGGAAGCUGAUGUGAACAUUCGUUUAGUGAAGAAUCUCCGAGAGAAUGUUCGGGCAGUCAUUGACUUCGAUGAGAUGGCUGGUGGGCUUAACAAGCGUCGGAUGAUACAGUCAGCUGUAUUUAAAGAACUAGUAAAGCUAGUAGAUCCAGGAGUGAAACCGUACCAACCAAUCAAAGGCAAACCCAACAUUGUCAUGUUUGUAGGCCUGCAGGGUUCAGGCAAGACCACAACUUGUACAAAGCUGGCGUAUCACUACUUGAGAAAGAACUGGAAGUCAUGUCUUGUGUGCGCUGACACAUUCAGAGCUGGUGCUUACGAUCAGGUCAAACAGAAUUGUACCAAAGCCAGGAUACCUUUCUACGGAAGCUACACAGAAGUAGACCCAGUGGUGAUAGCAACCACGGGGGUGGAAAUGUUCAAAAAGGAAGGAUUUGAAAUGAUUAUUGUGGAUACCAGUGGAAGACACAAACAAGAAGAGUCAUUGUUCGAGGAGAUGUUGGCGGUUGCUAAUGCUAUUAAACCAGACAACAUUAUAUUCGUAAUGGACGCUACAAUUGGUCAGGCUUGUGAAGCUCAAGCUCGAGCUUUCAAGGAUAAGGUGGACAUUGGUUCAGUCAUCAUCACAAAGUUAGAUGGCCAUGCUAAGGGUGGUGGUGCAUUGUCAGCGGUUGCUGCAACACAAAGUCCUAUUAUAUUUAUAGGUACUGGAGAACAUAUUGAUGACUUGGAACCAUUUAAAACAAAACCCUUCAUCAACAAAUUGUUGGGUAUGGGUGAUAUUGAGGGACUUUUGGACAAAGUGAAUGAGCUCAAACUUGAUGAUAAUGAUGAAUUAUUAGAAAAACUUAAACAUGGCCAGUUCACAUUGCGUGCCAUGUAUGAACAAUUCCAAAACAUUAUGAAAAUGGGACCCUUUUCUCAGAUCAUGGGUAUGAUUCCUGGUUUUUCUCAAGAUCUAAUGUCAAAAGGUAGUGAACAAGAAUCUAUGGCGAAGCUAAAACGGCUUAUGACUAUAAUGGACUCCAUGAACGAAGGUGAAUUGGAUCAUCGUGAUGGCGCCAAACUUUUUUCAAAACAACCCACCAGAAUCACGCGAGUAGCACAAGGCGCCGGCGUCACGGAGAGAGAUGUUAAGGAUUUAAUUGCCCAGUACACCAAGUUUGCAGCUGUUGUGAAAAAGAUGGGAGGUAUCAAAGGAUUGUUCAAGGGAGGUGACAUGGCAAAGAAUGUAAACCAAACUCAAAUGGUUAAACUAAACCAACAAAUGGCAAAGAUGAUGGACCCACGCAUCUUACAGCAGAUGGGAGGCAUGACUGGACUUCACAACAUGAUGAGACAGUUGCAGCAGGGCUCAAGUGGCAUGAAUAGUUUAAUGGGUGGCAAAUGACACCAAGUUUAGUUUCGCCAUAAGUCAACUUUCAUGUUUGUAAUUAUUGAACUGUAUUUUAACCAAUAAAGGUGGACACCUA